AUGAGUAGGAAUAAUACCAAGAGAAGUAUAGAUUUUAGAACUACUUAUAAUAAAAACAAUAAAAGAACAAAAGUUGAAGAUGAAGAUGAAAAAAAAGAAGGAAAUAUAAGAAACAUGAUUAAAUUAUUAAAUAAUUAUUGUAAUCAUGAUGAUACCUUAGAAGAUAUGAGUGAUUAUAUGGUGAGCUCGUAUAAGAACUUUUUAAUUGAAUGUAUAUAUAAAGAAAUAAAAAGUAUAAAUGAAGAAAAGGAUGAAAGAAAUGAUAAGAGAGAUGAUAUUAUAGAAUUAAUAAGGAUUUGUUUAAAAAUAAUAAAAAAUAAUCACGAGGAGUUUAAAUAUCCAAAUAUAUAUUUUGUUUGUAUUAAUACUUUAUUUUUAUUAUUAAAUAAUGUAACUCAAAAUAAUAAUUAUAAUAAUAAUUAUAAUAAUAAUAAUUAUAAUGAUGUAAUAAAUUGUAUGAUAAAUUCCUGCUUUGAUUUAUUCUUUAAUUUAAUAUCAACAAAUAAUUGGACAAAGAAAAAUUUGCACAUACAUAUUUUUUCAAAACUUAAUUUUAUACAUUUCUUUGUCAUAUCAAAUAUAUUCAAAGUAAUAUUAAUUCAAGUAGAUAAUACUAUUUAUAUGUUACCCUUUAAUCAUUAUAUUAAUAUGAUAAUCAAAAAUAUAAAUAUAUAUGAACAUGAUGAGAAUAUUAUUGGAAGAAAUAAAAAAGAAAAAUAUCACGAAAAGAAAGAUGAUCUUUUCAUUACAAAAGAUAGUAAUAUAUUUAUAACAUCGCUAAAAAAUAAAAAUAAUCUCGUACAAAAGCAAAGUGAUCCUAUAUAUGAUAGUAAUAUAUUUCAUUGUAACGAUGUGUCGUCUGAUGAUCAUAUGAAUGAUUAUUAUAGGACAUAUACAAAUUUUAAAACGACUAAUACAUAUAUAAUAAAAGAAAAAAGAAAAAAAAGAAAAAAAAAAAAAAAAGUGGAUAAUAGUAAUCAGAAUAAUAUGGGUGAUAUAAAUAAUAUGUAUAUUAUUAAUAAUGUAUAUAAUAAUUAUAGUGUGAUGUUAAAAAAUUAUGAUAUAUUAUAUACUCAUCAAAUAUAUUAUGAUAUCCUUUUUAAAAUAUAUAGUACAAUUAUUAAUUUAAUUAUUAACAAUGAUUUAACCAUAUAUAUUAUAAAAGAAUGUGUAAGUAUAAUAUUACAAAUGUAUGAUAUAUCAAAACAACAACAUAAAAUUAUUUUUGACAUCCUAACAGUUUAUAAAUUUUAUAUUAAGAAUAAACAAAACAUGUUAGAAAGAUAUAUUAUUUUUAUUUUCUAUUUAAUCAAUGCAAUACAUGAUGAAGAAAAGAAAAGGGAUUUUUCUAAAUUAAUAAAACCAUUCAAUAUGUUAUUUUAUUUAUUGCAUGCUGAAUGUUCAGAAAUAAGAAUAUGUGCAAAAGAAUAUUUAUUGUUACAUAGUUUUUUUAAUAAAAACAAAGAAAAAGAAAUUAUAUCAUCACGUGAUAAUAUUAAUAAUAAAUAUAAUAAUAAACAUAAUAAUAAAUAUAAUAAUAAAUAUAAUAAUUAUAAUUAUAAUUAUUUGUUAGAUCUCCUUUUUGAAUAUUCAUUCAACCAAUCGCAUACAUGUAAUAUGACAAAUAUAUCAAACGAAUCCAAUAUUAGUAUACAAUUUGUAAAAGCUAUACAUUUAAUUUUUUUUCAUUUCAAAUAUAUUGUGGACAUAUAUAAAUCAGCUAAUGUACAAAAUGAAGAACUUAUUCUACAAUAUGAUUUAUUUUUUAAAAACCUAGGUACCGACCCAGUGUUUAAGAAUUAUUUAGAGAACGAUAUAAAAAUGAAAAAAGAAAAAAUAUUUUAUAAAUGUAAUAGUAUAAUAUGUUCAGACAAAUAUAUAAUUAUAAAAAAUAAUAUAAUACAAAUAGAAAACCUUAUUAAAACCAUUGAUGUAUAUAUGAAUUUAUUAAAUGGUCCUAAUAUUAAGUACGUAUCAUUAUGUAUAAUAUAUUUUAUUUUCUUUUUUAUAAAAAUAUUAAAAUAUAUUAAUAAAAUAUACAAUGAAGAUAUUCAAGGAGAAUUUUCAAAAAAAAACUUUUUUUUUAUUAUAAAAAAUUUAUUUAUACAAUCUAUAUAUGUUUUUGAAAUAUUAAUACAGAGGAAAACAUGGCUUCAAAUAAAUAACGUUUUGAUAUAUAUUAUAAAAUCACAUGGAAAAAAAAAAAAUGAAAACAAAAAAUUACACACAUUUUAUAAGUAUAAUAUAAUUAAUAAAAAAUAUAUUAUUAAUUAUUUAAAGAAUAAUAGUACAUUUGUUGAACCAAAUGAACAACCUCUUCAUAUAUUAAUAAAAAAAUUAUAUAUAACCAUUAUAAACUUUUUAAUUCCAUUAGGAUAUAAAAAUAAAAUACAAUCCAAUGUUUUAUCUCGACAUAUAAUCAAUGAUAGUAAUAGUAAUAAGAAUAAUGAUGAGCAUAAUCUUGAUGGUGAUGGUGAUGAGAUGAAUAUUAUGAACAAAGGUAUAAAAGCACAAUGGCCCUUUUUUAAUAUUUCAAAUUUUUAUUUCUUUAUCAAGCUAUUAUUAAAUAUAUUAUAUUUUUUCUAUCAAAAUAAUAUGGGUGAAAAUUUUAUGGGUAUAUUUUUUUUUGACUCUAUAUUUAAAAGAGUUAAAGAAAGAAUAAUACAAGAAAAACCAGAUAUUUUCAUAUUAUUAAAAAACCAAAAAAUUCAUUUUAAUGAAGUUGAAUAUGAUAAUACCGAUAUAGGUUUAAAAUAUAUUUCGUAUGAAUUGUCUUCAUAUAUAUCUUUUUGUGUAUAUUUCUUAAAAAAAAUUAUUUUAAAUAAUGAUAAAUUAUAUGACUUAUUGAAUUGUAGUAAAUAUAAAAAGGGUAUUAUAAAUUUAUGUAAACUUCAAUUAUGUGUAUAUGAAUUUUUUUUACCUGCCAAGUCUACAAAUAAUGGUUUCUCCUUAUCCCUUCUUGUUCUUUAUCAUAUAUAUGUGAAAAUAUAUAAUAAUAAAAAUAAGGAUAAGAAGAUGGUUCAUCUUAUUUUACGUCUAAUAUUUUAUGCCACACAUAAAUCACUGAAUACAAUGGAGAGAGAUAACAUAAUUAUAUAUAAUAAUAAUAGUAAUAUUUGUAAUAAUAAUAAUAUUUGUAAUAAUAGUAAUAUUUGUAAUAAUAGUAAUAUUUGUAAUAAUUUUGAUUUUACACAUUUAGAAACCAGUUUUUGUACGAAAGAAAAUAAUGAUAAACUAUUUAUUAUUAAAAAAAGUUUUCAAAAGCCCUUUGAAGAGUAUUAUUUGAAUAAUUCCUUACAUGUAUUCAUAACAGGAUUGAACGUGUUAACAAAUAUUACUAAAUUAAUAAUCUUAAAAUAUGAUAUAGUUUAUAAAAAUAAUAUAAUAAUUAAAGGUUCAAAUAUUCUGAACAAACAAAAAAAAAACAAAAAAAAAAGGAGUAGCAUUAUCACGGUUUAUUAUAGGUACUUGUAUAAACUAUAUAAUGUUCUUAUCAAAAAAACGAAAGAUGAUUUUUUCUACAGUACAAGAAAAUAUGUAUUACAAUAUAUUAAGCAUUUUAUUAUAUUAAAUACAGUUUUAAUUUUGAAGUAUAAAUUUAGGAAUAAUAUGAAUUUUAAAAAACUUUUGAGUUUUUGUCUUUAUAAUCUUUACACUGACUAUGACGUGAGUGUUUUUUCGAUCAUUUAUUCUAUAGCCUUUUCUUUGAAGAGUUAUAUAAAUUUGUGUUCAUCAAAAAUUAAAAAUUCAAAUCGUUAUUUGGAAAGGGUUGAUGAUUUGUUAUUUAAGGUUGUGGAGGAGUACAAAAGUUAUGACAUACCAGAAACAAAUUUGUGGGAGGAAUAUAUUUCGAAGUAUGUAAGUUUUGAGACCCUGAAGCAUACAUAUGUAGACUGUCCCGGAGAAUGA